GAACGCGUCCCCCGGUCACCCCGUGCCAUUGCGUAUUCUGCGGUCCUCCCUCUGAUUCCUCCCGCGCGCCGCCGUCCUCCGCCGCCCCGAUCUCCCCACGCCCGCCUAGGGUUUACGCCGGCGCCACCGCGCGUGUUGUUGCCGCUGUAUGAGCAGUCGCUUCGCCAACCUGGACCGCCGGCACAUUACCCGAUCUCGUCCCCAUGUCGUCGAGGAGACCCGCGGGCUCCCGCGCCGGCGGCGCGGCCGCCGGUGGCGUAGGCCGGAAGAAGGUGGCUAGUGGCGCAGGGGUCUUGAGCCUGCGGGCGCUUCGUGAGGAACUGGCUCGCCAGAAGGAGGAGGAAGAGCGGAGGGCGCGUGAGGAGGAGAUGGAGAUGGAGGCGCAAGCGGAGAAGGCGAGGAGAGAGGAAGAGGAGAAGAAGAAGCCCACGGAGGAGGAGGAGAAGCAGAGGGAGGAGGAGAGGCAGCGGAGGAGGCGGGAGGAGCGGAAGAGGGAGGAGAAUCGGCGUCUGGAGGCCGCACGGAGGCGGCUCGGUGUCACCAUCGUCGCUGAGGGUGGAGCUGCAGCUGGGGACGGUGACCGGAAGCGGCCGGUUUAUGCCUCCAGGAGACCUAAAUUGCAGUCCAAGUCUCGUGAGGACGUCCAGUCUGAAGUUGAUGGGGGAGGGAUCCAGAGUUCGAUGCAGCACUCUGAAGAGGAAAAUAUCAAUGCAUCACAUGAAGAUGACAUCAUCACAGUCAAUAAUGUGCUCAAACUGAGGGAGGCAUCAUGCGCUGAAUCAUCGGAACAGGGCAGAACAAUCAAUGGUGACGACGAUGAUGAGGAUGCUUGGGACAACAAGAGCCUGGAUGAGUAUGAUGUCAUGUCUGAUGGUAAUUCUCGCUUGUAUGGAGGAGAAGAAACAGAGGAAAACCAUUCGAUUUCCUCUGCUCCGGUUCUUAAUUCAGACAAUAUGGCUCAGGAGAUUGUGGAGGAUAUCUUGAUUGCUCAGGAUGUUGCUUCAAGUAAUGGAUCUGGAGAUGAAAGGGAGCUUCGUGCACCAAUAUGCUGCAUCCUCGGACAUGUGGAUGCUGGAAAGACGAAGCUCCUUGACUGUGUCAGGGGUACCAAUGUGCAGAAAGGGGAGGCCGGAGGCAUCACGCAGCAGAUUGGUGCCACCUACUUACCGGUUGAAAACAUAAGGAAGAGGGCGGGCUUAAAGCCUGAAGUCGCCAUCAAAGUUCCCGGUUUGCUCGUAAUUGACACCCCUGGUCAUGAGUCCUUCAGUAAAAUGCGUUCAAGGGGAUUGAGCUUGUGUGACAUUGCUGUGGUGGUAGUUGAUAUUACACGUGGGCUUGAGAAGCAGACAAUCGAAUCCCUUCAUCUUCUGAAACGCCAUAAUGUAAGGUUCAUUGUCGUCUUGACCAAGGUUGACCGCCUCUAUGGGUGGAAGAGCUGCCCCGAUGCACCAAUAGUGAAGGCACUCAAUAGUCAAUCUGAUGAUGUCCAAAGCGAAUACAGAUGGAGGUUAACUGAGGUCGUAACACAGUUUAAGGAAAAUGGCUUCAAUACUGCACCGUACUAUGAAAAUAAGAAAAUGAAACAAGUGUUUAAUAUUGUCCCGACCAGUGCCAUAAGGGGUGAAGGUGUUCCAGAUCUUCUACUGCUACUGGUGCGAUGGGUUCCCGAAAUAAUGAUAGAAAAGCUAGUCUAUGACAAUUCAGUAGAGUGUACAAUACUAGAAGUCAAUGGAGAUAAAGAUCUAGGAACUACUAUUGACGUAGUGCUGAUUAAUGGUGCACUGCACCAGGGGGAUCAAGCAAUUGUUUGCACUAAACAGGGGCCUGUCACAACCAUUAUUAGAGAUUUGUUGACCCCUCAUCCAAUGAAAGAACUCAAAGCUAAGGGCGUAUAUAAGCAUCACAAGGAGCUUAGAGCUGUACAUGGGGUAAAAAUUGUGGCACCGGGACUUCAGCAUGCAAUGGCUGGCACUUCUCUCAUUGUAGUGAAGCCAGGGGAUGAUUUGCGACAAGCUGAAGCAGCUGCAAUGCAACAGAUGAAUAUAACCAUAAGCGCGACGGAUGAGAAUGAGGAGGGAACAGCAGCAGAAGUAAGUAGGGUCAAGACUUGCAAGGAGGGUCUCUAUGUGCAAGCUUCUAGUAUUGGAACCCUGGAAGCUAUCAUUGAUCACUUGCAGAGCAGUAAUGUAGACAUUCCUGUCAGUGAUUGGAACUUGGGCCCUGUCCACAAGCAGGAUGUCGUGAAGGCAGCUGCCAUGCUGAACCGGAAAGAAGAGUACGCAGCCAUCCUGGCCUUUGACGUCAAAGUGAUGCCUGAGGCUAGUGUCCUUGCAGCUGAAUCAGGAGUGAGGAUUUUUAUGGCUGAUACAGUAUAUAUGCUAGUCGACAGCUAUGUUGAGCACAUUAACGGAUUGAAUGAAGCGAAGAAAAUGCAAUAUGCAGCUGAGGCAGUUUUCCCAUGUACCCUGAAGAUUUUGCCAAACCGUGUCUACCAUAACAAAGAUCCAAUUGUUUGUGACGUCGAAGUUCUGGAAGGUGUUGUGAAGGUUGGAACCCCUAUUUGUGUUUCUGUUCCAAGUAAGGACCCUAUUUGUGUUUCUGUUCCAAGUAAGGAUAGAAGGGAAAACAUAAUUCACAGCCUUGGAAGGAUCUCCUCCAUCCAAACAUCCAACGGCAGUCAGAUUUUCUCAGCCAGGAAUGGACUAGUGUCCAUAAAGAUAAUGGGUGACAAUCCUCAGGAGAAAUCCCGAUCUUAUGGACGCCAUUUUGAUGAUAGCAAUGAGCUGCUCAGCCAAAUCUCGAGGAAAUCUAUUGAUGUUCUCAAAGAGUACUAUCGGGAUGAAAUGACUGAUGAAAAUUGGCAGCUUAUCUGCAGGCUAAAGAAACAAUUCAAGAUAGCCUGAAGCGUUGGGAGAUUUAUUUUUACCACAUUUCCUUGUCUCUAUUUUCCUCUCUUUCUGCUUUGUGUUCCAAACACUUACUUGCACACAUAUCUACCUAUAUUUGUAAUACUCAUAAUGAUGAAACUCAAGACGUUUGGGCUUUUACAUUUGCUAUUAAUCGUGCUCA